AUGUUUAAAAAGCUGGCCAAACAACUUAUACAAGAACUGGAUUCUGAUGGGAAAUUGAUUCCUGUGAGCAGCCUGGCACAAAAUGAUGGCUUUCAGAUUUUCUCUUUGGUGACUAAAAAGCCCUAUAAAUGGCCUUGGAACAAUAGAAAGUAUUCCCCAAUCUCUUUCAAACUGGCAGACAUACUCCAAGAAGAAGCAAUAAUGGAAAUAGAACUGAAACAUUCUGAGCCACUUUUGUUUUCUGCUAAUGCAUGCCAUAAAUCUGGAGGACGGCUGAAUUUUAAGAUACGGUCUACAGAAGUAGAUGUUGGUGGACUGGCCUUAGCUUGCUUGAAUGCCUCUCCAGUACAUCUUAGAAAAACCUAUGUGGACCCAGGAGAGCUGUGGAAGAGAGAUAUCUCUCUCAGUGUUGUCCAGCAAAUGUACCCUAAACUCCAUUUGUACAUUGUGACAGAAGUUUUGGAGAUAACGGAGCCCUUUCUCAUUGACGAGAUUGUCCAGACAGGUGGCAAGGGGGAAGUUUCUGCAAUGGACAUACUUAAGAUCCAGGGUCAACACACGACAAUGAAAAAUAAAUCCAUGCUAAUUCCUUUUGGUACAGUGAUGGCAUAUGGAGUUGAGAAAUUCCAAAUCUGUGAAGAAGAUCCUGUUUAUCUCAACCAGAGGUUUCAGACAUGUUGGUUCUCUCAUCCACUUAUGAUGCAUUCCAGAGUGAACUGGGAUCUUCACUCACAGCAAGUGCAAGAUGCAGUUAAGGAAGCAUAUGAGCCACUGUUGUACCAGACCCAGCCUUUGAAGAAGAAUCUUUUGGAAUCCUUUGAGAUUUUCCUACAGAACAGAAAUGUUUCCACUGUACGGUCCAUGUUGGAGUCUUCCAUGGCAGGUGACAAUGCUGAUCGCGCAGUGGAAAUGCUACUAUCCUACUUAGGGAUUUUCCAAGACACUAAGAGAGGAGAAAACCAAGAUUUCUGGGAACCAAUGCACUUCCUUUGCUCUUCUAUAGAUGAUUUAGACUAUGAGAUGAUGCUCCUCUUACAGAAAAUGUUGGAAAAGAAACAACUGGCCAAACCAAUGGAUAUGAUUUUGGAAAGGAUUCUUUCUGGUGAAGAAUGUGGCAAUUUCACUCUUCUAUCUCAUUCCCUGAUGAAGGAGGAAAUUGAUCUGAACCUUGAUAUGCUGCAAAUCUGCGGGCUAGAUUUAGAAGUUGGGGAAAAUUCCAUCACCUGCCAGUGGAAUAAUGAUGCCUGCUCAGAAUUGGCUGCUCUAUACUCCAGCUUGUCUGCCCUGAAGAUCCUAAGAGGAUGAAGGAGGAACCAAUACAGAUUCUAAAAAGACUAUGUUUUUGUGACUGCAAAAGGUCCACCAGACUGAACUAAAACUAAUAUUUUUAAAAAAAUAGUACUUAGAAGUUCAAAAUACCUCUUCAGUUUUAGAUAGGCUAAUAUUUCCCAUUUCCUUGUAGGAAAUAACGAGAAGUAAGAAAUUGUGGAUAUUAGCUGCUGAGGAGUUUCCUACCUGAUUGCCUACAAUUUUCAGUAAUUUUUCUAUGUUAUAUAUUUUCCUAUAUUAUAAUAUUUCCUAUAUUAAGGAUGAGUUGCAUCCUUAUGGCUAAGGGGCUUGAGCAUGUUUGAAGUUAGAUUUUAAAUUAAUUACAUUUUGAUUAUUGCAAGAGUCUUGGAAAAAAACUGAGGAACAAUUACAUAGGGCCACCAUUGAAAAGUAUCUGCAAACUUCAGACUGCUGUAAAGUACAGCAGUGUGAGCACUUAUGUGUGAUUCUGGUGAUAUCUCUGCUUUGCGAGCCACAUUGGUUACUAGUUUGUUUUCAGAUCCAAUUCAAGGUGCUUAAAUUGACCUUUAAAGCCCUUCAUGAUAUGGGACAGAGUUAUUUAAGGCAGAGUUCCCCAACCUUUUCGGGUUGACAGCCUGGAGAGGGGGAGGAGAAAAAAGAGGAUGGUUUUGUGGGAGGGGAAGGUAUGCUCAUGCUCACACAAGUGGGGUCGAGAGUACCCAUGACACUCGUGUGAGUGAGGCCAUGAGCAUCCAUGACUUGGGACUUGGGUGGCAACUUUGUUUUACUGUAGAGUCUUCUUUCCACUGAAGUGAGGUUUACCUUGUCUCUAUGGAGUUUCUGGAGGUCCUUCAAGACCUGGUUACACCAGCAGGCUUGGACAUCAGGCGGUAGGUGGACCAAUGAGGUGGUUCCAUUAUUUUUAACAUCCUGUCAUCUAUUAUUCUUUGUUUUACUUUAUUUGUAUAUUUUAAUGUAUUUAUUAACUGUUUUAGCAAUGUUGUAUGCUGCCCAGAACUGCUGUCUUGUGAGAUGGUUAGCUAUUUUAAACAAACAAACAAACAAACAAAACUAUUGUAUUUGGUUGGUCAUUUCACUAAUGUUAUGUGUGGACAUUUCAUUCAUUUUAUGUGUUACAAGCUUAUGAUACUCACUCCAUAGGUUUUCAUAUAUCAUAGGAGGAGGUGAUGAGAAGAGUAAAUAAAAUAAAAUGGAUUUACUUUUCAAAUGGUAUUGACAUCCAAAUCCUAUAACUGGAAGUUGUAAUUGUUGCUGUUGUCCAGCAGUGUAGAUGUGUUUGGUGUACCAAACUAACCAUGUUUAUUUCUGACUUCAUCUAUUAUACUAAUGAGCCUCAGAUAAAAGGGUAGAGAAAAAUCUUUCCUAAUUAGUACACUAUAAAAUUUUUAAAAAUCCAAUAAAAGCUUAGCUUCAAAGACCAUAGUCAGAGAUUAGGCUCAUUGAUCAUCCUCUAUUAUGCAUCAUGGUUUGUUGUUAAACAUAAUUUUUGAAGAGCCAUAAUGACUUCAACACAAAACUAGAAUUCUCAAAUCACAAUGGGUCAGUCUACACAUCAAAAGAUAUGGCUUAGAGCUGUGAUUUUCAAAUUCUGUUUCCUGGAACCCAAGGGUUCUGUAAAAAUCAGCCAGGAGUUCAACAUGAAGUUGCCAUUUGUAUUAUGUGAAAUUUAAUAUUGCAAUAUUAAUUGAAAAGUUUUGUUCAAA